CUACGACAAAUCUCAUUUCACGAGCAAUCAUGUGUAAAGGCGCCGUGUGCGACAACUGCAGUCAGUGACAUCGCAUCAAAUCCUCCCAGCCCCGCCACCCGCCGCAUCUCACCCCCACCAGCCAGCCUCGUCUUUAUGAGGUAAUGUUCUUGCUGACCACUUCGACAGGCAAGCGCACCUGGUUUGGCUGUGGUAUGCAUGUACCAGCCGUCAUGGACUCGAUCCCCAAGGACGAGUGGUGUGGCUGUGAGCCCAAGACAGAAAAGAACGGCACUGAAUACCCUCCUAUGGGUAAGUUGAUUAUACUGCCUCAAUAUCAAGCUGACUGAUAUUCUGCAGGUAGUAUGACUGGUGUAGCAAAGGCUAUGGCUGGUAACUGAUCACAAUUUCUG